UUAAACAGCUAUUUCCGAAAAGUUUGACCAAGGCUUUGAAGAUGUCGGCCACUGUAAGCCAGAGACAAGACAAUGCAGCCCUGUUGGUACUCGCUGCAGUUAGUGUUGGACUUCUAACCAUUCUCACUGUGUGGAAGUUAAGACAGUUCAAAUAUGGACUAAUUAAUGAAAGUGCAGGUGCAAUGUUUUAUGGUAUGCUUCUGGGCUUGACAGCGAGAUUCUUGUCAUUUGAACCAGGACUUCAUGUGAAGAGUGUGGAGAGCGUGUGCAGUUGUGGCGCUCUUAACAGCACUCCUCACAUCUUGAUGGUCAACGUCACAUCACACGGGCACUGUUACAAGCAUGUAGGAAAACUAAACCAAAGAUGCCCACCGCUGCCAACCCCUCAUAUGCUCUGUCUUUUACAGGAGACCUUUGAUCCUGAGGUCCUUUUCAAUCUGUUCCUGCCACCCAUCAUCUUCCAUGGAGCUUACACCCUUAAUCAGAGACGAUUCCUUGAGAACAUGGGAUCUGUUCUGACCUUUGCUUUUUUGGGUACCAUAAUCAGCUGUAUGACCAUAGGGGCCUGCGUCUAUGGCUUCACCAGACUGAUGGUGCUGUUGGGCCGAGCAGCAGAUGGAGACUUCUUCCUCACUGACUGCCUCCUGUUUGGUGCCAUUAUGUCAGCCACUGACCCAGUUUCAGUUCUUGGUCUGUUGUCAGAGCUGCAUGUGGACCUGGAUCUGCACACCCUGCUGUUUGGUGAGAGCGUCCUGAAUGAUGCUGUGGCCAUCGUCCUGACACAUGCCAUCACUACCUACAGCCAGAUGGGUGCAGGACACACCUUCGACCCCCUUGCCUUUCUCCACUCUGUUGGUUAUUUUCUUGGAGUGCUUGCCGGCUCCUUCCUCUUGGGUUUCAUAUUCACGGUCAUAACAGCCCUCCUCACCAAAUUCACACGACUGCAUGAGAACCCACUACUGGAAACAUCAGUCUUCUUCCUUCUGUCCUGGAGCAGCUUCCUCUCAGCUGAAGCCAGUGGACUUUCAGGCAUUGUGGCAGUGCUGUUUUGUGGCUUGAGCCAGGCAAGGUACACAUUUCAUAAUAUAUCCUCUGAGGGCAGGACCAGAAUCAAACAGCUCUUUGAAGUCUUCAGCUUCCUGGGGGAGAUUUUCAUCUUCAGCUACAUGGGAUAUGUAUUGUUGGUGUUUCCUCACCAUGCCUUCAAAGCCCUCUUCAUUUCUGGGGCAUUUCUCUCCAUCUUUAUUGCAAGAGCAUGCAACAUCUACCCUUUAUCUUUCCUGCUGAACCUGGGCCGUACAAACAAGAUACCUUGGAAAUUCCAGCACUUCAUGACAUUUGCAGGUUUGCGGGGGGCUGUGGCGUUGAGCCUGGCUGUAAGAGACACGUCCACAGAAGUGAGGCGCACCAUCCUCACCACCACGCUGCUGCUGGUGUGCUUCACCAUCUGGGUGCUGGGUACGGCGGCUGAUCCCAUGCUGCGCUUCCUGGACAUCAGAACAGGAGUGGAUGCAGCCGAAAAUCCAGAGGACCUUUCUUUUGAGGUUGCUACAGGGAGGCCAGACACAACACCAGGCCCAUGGCACCGUCUGGACUACAAAUAUCUAAAGCCGGUGCUGACACAUUGUGGCCCUCCACUGACCGACUCACUGCCACAGUGGUGUGGAGUGUUUGCCCGACUCUUUGCCAGCCCAUGUGUCCAAGAGGAUGAAGAGCAGCUGUGUGCGACUGGACCAGACAGCCCCAUCUUUGAUGUGGAGAAAACAGAGAACCAGCUUGUAUCAACAGGAGGCGACUCUGGAUCCGAGCACCAGGAGGACCUAGUGGAGGGGGACCUGGGCCUUGGCACUGCUCCAGCUCUCACCAGGGAGGCCUGAAGCUCCAGGAGUCACCUCUUACCCGAGUUUAUGAGCCCCCGCUUCCCUGAGGCUAAGGCCGUACUUCCCACAGUGAAUGGGGUCACUGGGCAGGGCAUCUGAGAGGAGCCGACCGGGAAUCACAGUUUCAUUGGCUCCCAAAAGGUCAUGCACCCUCCUUGUGCUGACAUGCAUGCAAAGGCACACACACACACACACACACACACACACACACACACAGGGAGUAAAAACAAUUACAAAGGCCAUUGCCCUUUCUGUUACUCUGCUGAUGAUUUUCUUGGCUUGUUUUGCUCCAGUUUCAGUGAAAUUAAUAGCUGAAAUAGCAAAGUAAAGCCUGGGCCAAAUGUCUAAACACAACCAACAGGAAAAAGAAAUUUGACCUGUGCGUGCACAGUGUGCUUUUCACACAACAAGCUAAGUUAUAAUGCAGUAGUUCUGGUAAAAAUGCAACAUGUUAAGUCACACAUUAAUUCUGAGCAGAGCAGCUUCAUGCAACUUGGUUACAUAAUGUCUUGGUUUCAAGCUUUAGGGGAAAUUGCUCAUGAACAUCCACUAUUAUUGGAGGCUACUGUAUUUCCCUUAAUCAGCUGAAAUGGUAUUUCCGUGCCAACUUUGCUUCGCUCUACCCCAACUCCUUAUUAAACUUUUAUUGCACUGUUUUCUGCUACAAUCCUUUUAACUGAUUCAAAUGUAUUCCUCUGAAUUUAUUACCCCCCCCCCCCCCCCCCCCCCCCCACCCCCCCCCUCCCGUCUCCCUCCACGUCUUGCUUAUCAUUCUGCACUGCACUAGAAUACUUCCAAAUGCUUAAGUAUAUUAACAGCAUUUGGGAAAGAGACUAUUAGCAUGUGAAGUUUCUUCUGACUUUAAUUAUAGAUUGCACUUUGCUACUUUCUGAGAGCAUCAUUAUAAAUCUCAGGGCCCUUUUCCCCUUGAGUGAAGCAGGAUGUUGUGUACUUCACAAAUCCAGUCUGUGAAGGUUAGGCUUUGUGAGUAUGCAGACUGUUUCCCUCAUAUUAAUAAAGCCAUUGUCCUUCAAUUGAGGGCUUUCCACUUUAUGUUGUGAAUGCAUGGGUGCAUCUAUGGAAUGCAUCUGUUUGUGCUUUCAAUUGCUGCUAAAAAAAAAUACAAUAUAGUGUCUUUUGCUUGUGCCAAAGUUUGAAAACAGUUUUGUUCUGAGCAAGAAAAGACUAAAUCAUAGGAACAGCCAUCCUCAGACAGAGAUGCUCAACUUUUAACCCUAUCCUUAAAGGGACAGUUCACUCAAAAACAUUUUUUUAAUCUCUAACUCAGGAUGUAAUUUUACUAGACUUGGUGUGAUGUGCUGAGAUUUAGAGCUAAUGUGCAAUAAAUGAUCUGACCACACUGUAAGGCGACAAAACAUUUAAAUUUGACAGUUGAGAACUGAGGAUUUUCACAUAUGACCAUUAUUUCUAAUAUACCACAACCCUUAUUUUCAAUGUUGUCUUUAAGAACUACUCACUGACGUACGCCCUCAUCUAUCUCUGCUCAGGGAGGCAGAAACUGCUCACAGCGAUACCGUAUAAAUUUUCUGUGUAACCUUUGAGCAAAGACUUGGUGCCUUUUGAGCACUAUUUUUUUUUUGAGCAUCACAAAUCAAAUAAUAUUAACUUGUAUCUUUUAACUUUGUAUUUAGGUCAUUUAGUAUCUGUGUAUUUCCCUUUUUGAGCCAUUUCUCUGGGUUUUACUUUAAGGUUGUGUUAUCAAAAAAACUAAACCUAAAGGCACCCUGUGGAAUUUGUCGGUUAACCACAUUUUUUUCUCAUGCAUGAGGAUGCACAUGCAUUCAGAUGAUGGGAUGUAAAUUUCUACCAAGGGUUUUACAGUAUGUACUCUAUCAGUGUACAGUUUACAGUGAUAAAGAGCUAAGAAACACAUCAAUGUGCCACUAAAAGCAGGGAAGAAGAAGACUGUUAGGGCCAUGGUCAUGGAUGUAAAGAAUGUAAGUUUCAAACGUCUUAGAAAAAUUGGCUUUGCACUUGUUUUAUGAGGGAGGAAAUGCAUUCAGCACAUUUGUUAGACCUCAAGGAUACACACAGUGUGUUUUGGUGAGUAACACUGAAGGUAAACAGAAACUCUGUUUACGAGAAAACUCCACAGGGUGCCUUUAAGUUAUAUAGCAAAUAGCAAAUUUAUGAAGUAAUUCCAGCACAAUGGUUCUCAAAUGGUCAGGGAAGGGACAGUGGUGCAUACUGCUCUGAACUAGGGUACAGUAAACUUUGAAAUAGGUCAUAAAUAUGAAGAACAAAAUUAUUAAAAAGCCUAUGUGUAAUUAAAAUAGAUAUUAGUAGCAUAAAGCUUUCUGUUAUUGCAAUAUUGCUUAACUCCAGUGGCUCGCCGUGUUCAAUUUUCUUUUAAGCUUUAGGAAACCUCAGCUCGUGCACCAGGUUUUGAGAACAACUGGUCGUGUUGUUAUGUUUUUGUUAAUGAUUUUAAAAAUGUACAGGGGUGCGGGUUGUUCAACACAGAUGCAUAAACUGUCUUGUUAACUGUGAACUUUACUCAAUGCAAUAUUCCCAGAUCAUGUGUUUUUAUAAGAGCAAGCAAUUGUAAACAUUUGAAAUGGUAGAACAGACAGCGUACACUGACACUGAGAGAGACCUUCCAGCUCCAGAGCCGUAGCAUUGUCCACAGUGCAUGAUAUUAUCCUACAAGGAUUUGGUGACAAAAAUCAGAACAUCCCCCUUUUUUUUUUUUUUUU